AUGAAGCCCACAAAUCACACAGAUGUCUCAGAAUUCGUCCUCCUGGGAUUGACAGAGGAUCCAGAACUGCAGCCCAUCCUCUUUGGGCUCUUUCUGUCCAUGUACCUGGUCAGCAUUCUGGGGAACCUGCUCAUCAUCCUGGCUGUCAGCUCUGACCCCCACCUCCACACCCCCAUGUACUUCUUCCUCUCCAACUUAUCCUUUACUGACAUCUGUUUAAGCACAACCACAGUCCCCAAAAUGCUGGUGAACAUCCAAGCACAGACACAGAGUCAGUACAUCAGUUACACAGGCUGCAUCCUCCAGAUCUGCUUUGUCGUGGAUUUUAUUGGUUUUGAAAGUUGUCUCCUUGCAGCAAUGGCCUAUGAUCGCUACGUGGCCAUCUGUCACCCCCUUAGGUACACAGUCAUUAUGAACCCCCAACUCUGUGUUCUGCUCAUUCUUCUAUCUCUACUCCUUAGCACUGGGAAUGCCCUGCUCCACAGUCUGAUGGUGCUGAGGCUGUCCUUCUGUGGGGACCUGGAAGUCCACCAGUUCUUCUGUGAACUUGCUCAGGUCUUCAAGCUGGCCUGCUCUGAUACCCUCAUUAAUAACAUCCUUUUAUAUUUUGUGUCUGGCCUAUUUGGGGGUAUUGCUUUAUUUUGGGUAAUUUUCUCUUAUACUCAAAUUCUCUCUUCCAUUUUGAGAAUGCCCUCAGUGGAGGGUAAACAUAAAGCUUUUUCCACCUGUGGGUCUCACCUGUCUGUUGUUUCCUUGUUCUAUGGGACAUCUUUUGGAGUUUACAUUAGCUCUGCAGUUACUGACUCUCCCAAGAAGGCUGCAGUGGCUUCAGUUAUGUAUAUCAUAGUUCCACAAUUGUUGAACCCCUUCAUCUACAGCCUGAGGAACAGGGACAUGAAUAGGGCCUUGAGGAAAAUAAUCAGUAGGAUACUUCUGUCUUUAAUGGUGUCACCUGCUUUGAACUUGUUUUCAUUGAAUGAGUCAAAGUGA